CCCGCAUUCCUGGAAUUCCUCGGUUCUGAUGUCAAGAGGGACGGACCAUACGUAUCGGAGCCUAUGCGCACCCCUUCCUCGGGAGGGAUUUUACGGGUUUUUGUUUUUUAUUUUGUUGAAACGGUACGCAGUAAAGAUUGGGAAAGUGAACCGCAUCCGUAGCCUACACAUUUAACUGUUUUGACGGGAAAGGCUUCUCCUCUUUGUCCACGUCGUUAUAUCCCACUGGGGCUCGACUUUGCAAUCGAAGACAAGGCAUCUUCAGCGCGAAGACGCGUUUUUUCGUCUCCUCACACCAAAAUCGCAAGUGAAGUUUGUUAUUAUGGCUUUAAAGAACAAUAGUCUUUGGAUUAUAAAAGGAUUUUGAGUCUUUGUGGCGUGUUUCUGCUUACGACGUGGAUAAAUCCGCUACACUGAGUUCUGAAGAAAAGCUGACUUCGGGACGGAAUGUAAGGAGCUACGCCUGUCCCGAGCGUCCCCAGGAAUGGGACGGACCUUCCACAGCGCACACCUGUGUGGCCGGGCGCUCACCUGGGGCUAGCCGCACCUGCCCCACACCUGCCCCGUUGCCCCUGCCCCCCGCGUGGUGAGGGGGGGUCGCCGGGGGCAACAUCAUGCCCUUCCGCCUGAAGCUGCGGCGCACACGGCGCUACAACGUGCUCAGCAAGAACUACUUCGUCACACGCAUACGCCUGCUGGACGCCAACGUCAUCGAGUGCACACUCUCAGUGGACAGCACCGGCCAGGAGUGUCUCGAGGCCGUCGCCCAGCGGCUGGAGCUACGAGAGACGCACUUCUUCGGUCUGUGGUUCCACGGUCGGGCGCAGCAGCAGCAGCAGCAGCAGCAGCGCUGGGUGGAGCUGGAGAAGCCGCUCAAGAAGCAGCUGGACAAGUUCGGCAACGAGCCGCUGCUCUUUUUUGGGGUCAUGUUCUACGUGCCCAGCGUCACCCGCCUGGAGCAGGAGGCCACCAGGUAUCAGUAUUAUCUGCAGGUGAAGAAGGAAGUCCUGGAUGGCCGUCUCCACUGCACUGUAGAGCAGGGCAUACGCCUGGCCGGCCUGGCUGUACAAGCGGACUUUGGAGAUUAUAAUCAAUUCGCAUCUCAGGAUUUCCUCAGGGAAUAUGUGCUGUUCCCAGUGAACUGGCCGGUGGAAGGUGUUUUGGAGGAGUGGACUCAGAAGGUAGCCGAAGAGCACAAGCGCCACUGUCGAAUGCAGACAGCUGAGGCAGAGCUCCUUUAUAUAAAGGAAGUGGAGAAACUAGAUGGCUUUGGCCAGGAAAGCUUCGCUGCAAAGGAUAACUACACUAACGAUAUCUUCAUCGGUGUGUCCUUCAUCGGAGUGUUUGUCAAACAUAGGAAUGGGAGGUCCAUCAUGCUCCACAGAUGGAAGGACAUCGGCACCAUCGCUCACAACAAGUCGGCCAUCACCGUGGAGAUCACCAGUAGAGACGACACUAUCAUGUUCCACACGGAAGACAUCGAGAUGGCCAAGUACAUUGCCAGGCUUUUCACGGCCAGACACAAGUUCUACAAACAGAACAAGAUAUGUGCUGAGCCGGCCCAUUCUCCAGCUCCCAUCCGGAGAAGACCCACAUGGAACCGGCUGCCCAGGCCCCAGUCCUGCAUCCUACAGUAUGCUGACCAUUACCAAGAUACCCAGAGCUCCCAAGACAGCAUCUUCCAUGACGACCCGUACUUUAAGUCGGAGAGCAGCCUUGACCGCUGUGUUCUGGACCUGGGCUUCCGUAAUGGCGGCGCGGUUCUGAACGGCAGCAUGUGCAGCAGCCCGAGCGUGAGCUCUCUGAACCGCUCGCAGACCUUCACGCAGGCGUCGCCCAUCUCGCUGUCCACGUCCAGCCUGAGCACGGCCGCCGGAGACUUCCCUGCCGCGAGCGGUCAGCGCCACUCGGCCGUGCUGCCACCCUCCUACCGGCCCACGCCCGAGUACGACGCUGUGAUGCGGCAGAAGCAGCGCAGGCUCCUCCCCUCCUCCGCGCAGCACUCGGCCAAUCAGCACGCGCCACAGCGCCGCUCCGCCGACAGCCACAGCCUAUCGCUGCGCAGCCUCAACAUCAGCCACGCCCACGCCUACCGCCACCCCGAGGCGCUGGUCAACAGCCAGCCAGAGAUCCGUGAGCGCGCAGGGGGACUCUACCACGGGGGGCAGUACGGGGGGGUGGCGGGCGGCGGGGGGCAUCCGCUGGGCUACGGGGGCAUGGGGGGGCAUCACGCCGGACCUCUGCCCGGGGCGCACGCAGGGGGCACUGGGGGCAUGAUGGGCUGCCGCUCGGGGGGCAUGGCGUCCGGCGGAGGGGGGGGCGUGGGCAGCGCCAUCUCCCACACGGUCAGCACGCCCGAGCUGGCCAAUCCCAUGCAGCCUAACGUCCACUCAGGGCAGCACGGCUACGCGGCCGGGGGGGGCAGUGGGGGGCACAUGCUGCGGAACCACCUGUCGCGGCCCCCCCCGCCCUACCCGGCGUUUCGCCCGGCCACCAGCACGCCGGACCUGGUCAGCCUGCGCCAGCGCUGCCUGGGGGGCAGCACCCCCGAGCUCCUCCAUGCCCAGAAGCUCCCGCUCGCCGUGCCCAGAACCUUCCAGCCCGACAGCUGCGCCGUCGUACGCCAGUCCCUGCAGGAGGCCAGCGCCACGCUCACCCCCGCGUCCUCCUCCUCCGGCCCGGGCUCGGCCCAGCGCCGGGCCAACCUCAGCAAGCGCCACAGCAUGGAGGUGGUGCCCCUGGGGGGAGGGGGAGGGGCCGGGAGGGCAGGGGGAGGGGCCACGGGGGCCGCCGGCCAAUCACAGCUGCCGCUGCUGCGCCGGAACACGCUGCGCGAGCAGCUGGCCUCCUCGGGUCCUCCCACCCAGCCCCAGCCCCCCAAGGAGGCGUCCUCGCAGAUGCCCGCUCAGAAAGCCGAGGCGUACCAGCACCAGAAGAGCCUGUCCAACGCCACCAUGCUGGUGCACAGCAGCGAGAGCGACAGCGAGGACGAGGACGAGGCGCCCGAGCUGGACGUGCGGAUCCCCGGUCUUCACGACGACAUCAGCGCACAGCUGCAGGCCGCGCUGGCCAAGCUGCCCAGCAAGCCCCCGCCGGACUACCCUGGACCGCCCCGGCACAGCGGCCGCAGCCAGCGCCAGGAGCAGCCACCGCACCCCCCACACACACACACACACACGCACGCGCCGACCGGCGGUGGCGGCGGCGGCACGGGGACCUUGCCGCGCGGGGAGCAGCCGGGGCUCGGACCGUCCAUCUCGGAGCCGGACCUGACCAGCGUCAAGGAGCGCGCGCGCAAGGAGCCGCUCAAGGAGCGCCCCGUGUCCGAGAUGUUCUCCAUCGAGGACAGCAUCGUGGAGAGAGAGAUCGCACAGAGGACACUGGAGCGGCAGCAGCAGAUGUGUGUGGACAGCCCAAAGCGCCCCCUACUGGCCAAUGGCAUGUACACCACGCGCAUGCCCGCCGCAGACGGUCGCCACGGAGAUGCCAUCGCCAAGGCCAACACUGAUGAGAGGUGUAAGAUUUUGGAGCGCAGGCUUGAGGAUGACCAGCUGCUGGGCGAGUACGAGCAGGUGCCCAAGAAGCAAACUGACGCUGUGGUCACCACGGCAACGCUGCCGGACAACGCCGAGCGCAACCGCUUCAGGGACGUGGUUCCGUAUGAGGAGAACCGGGUAGAACUCGUCCCAAACAAGGAGAACAACACAGGAUACAUAAACGCCUCGCACAUCAAGGUGACUAUCCAUGGAGAGGAGUGGCACUACAUUGCCACACAAGGUCCUCUGACCAACACCUGCCAGGACUUCUGGCAAAUGGUUUGGGAGCAGGGGGUCAACGUCAUCGCCAUGGUGACCGCCGAAGAGGAGGGGGGAAAGAGUAAAAGUCACCGCUACUGGCCCAAGCUGGGCUCCAAACACAACUCGGCGACCCACGGCAAGUUCAAGGUCACCACCAAGUUCCGCACGGACUCGGGCUGCUACGCCACCACCGGCCUGAAAGUGCGCCACCUGCUGUCCGGCCAGGAGAGGACCGUCUGGCACCUGCAGUACACCGACUGGCCCGACCAGGGCUGCCCCGAAUACGUCCAGGGCUUCCUCUCGUACCUGGAGGAGAUCCAGUCCGUGCGGCGCCACACCAACAGCAUGCUGGACCCGUCGCGUAGCCUGCGCCCCCCGGUGGUGGUGCACUGUAGUGCAGGCGUGGGCCGCACCGGAGUCGUCAUCCUCACCGAACUCAUGAUCUGCUGCCUCGAGCACAAUGAGAGGGUGGAGGUUCCCAUCAUGUUGAACAGGUUGAGGCAUCAGCGGAUGCUGAUGGUCCAGACGGCGUCUCAGUACAAGUUUGUCUACCAGGUCCUCAUACAGUUCCUGAAGAACUCCCGGCUCAUCUAGAACCCAAUCUGGAACCCCAGCGGAAACGGCUAAUCUAAUCCCUAACGCAGAACCAACAUUAUCCCCUGCGGAACCAGCUAAUGCAAUCCCAAAAUGGAACAAACAGUGUCACCCGCGGAACCAGCUCAUCUAAUCUACCGCGUAACCCAGAACUAAUAUGUCCCAGUGGAACCUGGAGUGUUAGGUUCCUCCAACGUUCCACAGUAGAACACUCCGGGGUGCCUGGCGCUCCUCUGGUUCCACAGUAGAACACUCCGGGGUGCCUGGCGCUCCUCUGGUUCUGCUUGGUUCUUUCUUUUUGUAACCCGUCUUUGUUGUCCGUUGCUGUUCUGCGUUUUUUUUUGUUUGUUUGUUUGUUUGUCGGCCGUGGACUUAGAGAGAAGCUGAUAACCGAUGCAAGAUUAUGGUCCAGAUUAGCUUUUCCUCUGUGACAGAGAGAGAGAGUGUGUGUGUGUGUGUGUGGAUGAUUGAUGAGUGUGUGUCACUUAGCUCCUGGACAGAGACCAAUGUAGCCCACACAAACAUGAUGAUGAUGAUGAUGACGAUGAUGAUGAUAAUGAUCAACAAUUCUUAUAUAUUUUUCAUAUAAAUUCUUAUUUUGUAAUA